AUGCCCGAGCCUCCCGCAGACGGCAGCUCGCCCCUCGGACACCACGGCCCCGACGCCUGCGGCCCCCCGGACGCACCGCCGGCCAAGGGCCUGUACUACCGCAGGGCCCGGCGGGUGGGCGCCCGGGACCCCCGCCCGGCGGCCGGCCUGCCGCGGGAGCUGCUGGUGAACGUGGGCGGCUGCCGGUACCGCGUGCCCUGGAGCACGCUGGACGCCUUCCCGGGGAGCCGCCUGGGCCGCCUCCGGCUGUGCCGCAGCCGCAAGGACAUCCGCGGGCUCUGCGACGACUACGACCACCGCAGCCGCGAGUUCUUCUUCGACCGGAGCCCCCGCGCGUUCGGCGCCAUCGCGAGCUUCCUGGCGGCCGGGAAGCUGCGGCUGCGGCGGGAGAUGUGCGCGCUGUCCUUCCGGGAGGAGCUGCGCUACUGGGGCAUCGACGAGGCCCACCUGCAGCGCUGCUGCCGGCGCCGGCUGCUGGCCCGGCUGGACGAGGCGGCCGAGCUGCGGCGCGAGGAGGAGGCGGAGGCGCUGGAGCGGCGGCGGCGGCGGCUCGAGGCCCGCGGGGGCCCCGGGGGCCCCGGCUCGCGCUGGGCGCGCUGCAUGCUCCGGCUGCGGGAGACGGUGGAGAACCCGCGCUCGGGGCUGCCCGGCAAGGUCUUCGCCUGCCUCUCCGUCCUCUUCGUGGCCGCCACGGUGGUCAGCCUGUGCGUCAGCACCAUGCCCGACCUCAGGGCCCAGGAGGACCAGGGCGAAUGUUCCGGAAAGUGCUACUACAUCUUCGUGGUGGAGACGGUGUGCGUGGCCUGGUUCUCCCUGGAGUUCUGCCUGAGGUUCGUCCAGGCCCCGGACAAGUGCCAGUUCUUCCGCGGGCCGCUGAACAUCAUCGACAUCCUGGCCCUGUCGCCCUACUACGCGUCGCUGGUGGUGUGGGAGGAGGCGGGGCCGGGCGAGGGGGCGGGGCCUGGCGAGGGGGCGGGGCCGGGCGAGGGGGCGGGGCCCGGGGGCGGGGCCGGGCGGCCCGGCGGCGGCGGCGGCGGCGGCGGCGGCGCGGGCUCCUACCUGGAGAAGGUGGGGCUGGCGCUGCGCGUGCUGCGCGCGCUGCGCGUGCUCUACGUGAUGCGCCUGGCGCGCCACUCGCUGGGGCUGCGGACGCUGGGCCUGACCGCGCGCCGCUGCGCGCGCGAGCUGGGGCUGCUGCUGCUCUUCCUGGCCGUGGCCGUGGCGCUCUUCUCGCCGCUGGUCUACGUGGCCGAGCGCGAGUCCGGCCGCGCCCCGGAGUUCACCAGCAUCCCCGCCUCCUACUGGUGGGCCGUCAUCUCCAUGACCACCGUGGGCUACGGCGACAUGGUGCCCCGCAGCGUGCCGGGCCAGGUGGUGGCGCUCAGCAGCAUCCUGAGCGGCAUCCUCAUCAUGGCCUUCCCGGCCACGUCCAUCUUCCACACCUUCUCCCACUCCUACCUGGAGCUCAAGAGGGAGCAGGAGCGGCUCCAGGCUCGCCUCCGCCGCCUGCACUGCGCCGGCGCGCGGCGAGCUCCCCGCCGACCCCGACGACCCGGCCCACGGUGCCUGGCCACAGCCGGCUGGGCCCAGGUGGCCAUCGAACCCCAAGACCUGGAGAAGAAGCCACUGGAGGACCUGGGGCUCCUGUCAGCCUCCACAUUUGCCUCUCUCUUCUCCUGUGGCAUCCAUCCAAGGGGCAGUUCAUUAAAAGUAAGACUAAAGGAGCCUGGCCUGCAGCAGCAGCAGCCUGCUCCAGGGGCCACGGGGAAACAGUAUUACGGUGCUGCUGCUGCCGCCAUCUGUGUAGAGGUUUGUGGUGGUGGCAUUUAUUCCUUGUCAUCCCCGGGAGUGGAAUUGCUGGUGAGUGACAUGGAACCACCUCUGGGAACUGCCCGGCGUCUCCGCGGAGGUGCAGCAGGUCCCUCGGCCCCCACUGUGCGAAGUUCUGUAAGGAAACGCGACAAUCCGUUAAUUCUCCACCCCGUGGGGGGCACCUUCAAUGCAGAGGACCCCUCUGGGGGCCGGGGAGAAAUGAACAUCCCAUAUUGCAGGCUGCUGGCCGGAGUGAAGGUGACACCCAGGGUGUGCAGGGGCCAGCGAUGGCACCCAGAGCUAGAGGCCCUGCUGGAAGCGGGGAGAGGCACCCCGAGGGAACAGUGGCACGUGCCAAGGACCGCCGAGGGCGCGUCCCUCGGAUCCGCUGGCACGGAUGUGCGCUGCACCGGAUGUGAUUUAGAUCGCCACCUAGGACCGUGGCGAACGCCGCUGGCUGACAGCACGCGGGACGUGGACGGCUCCCGCUUUGUCCAGAGCCGCGGUGCAGACUCGGAGGGCUUGGAAGGCUCCAUCUUCCUACUGCGUAAACCGAGGCCAGUGCUGCUCGCUGCUGGGGCGCUCCUGACAGGCACGGAGUGUGAGGGCGUCUCAGCCCAUCGCAGAGGUCACGGGAAACCAAACAUCGCCUCCCCGGGCCCCGGGGCCAGCUUCCCAAGGCCCAUCGACGACAGCUGA